UCCUGCCCCAUACACGUUAUGUGCAAGGAUUGUCUGACGUACAUCUUCGGCGAGGCAGCGAAGAACGAGACCAGCUACCCGCCGAAGUGUUGCAACGAACACAGACGGAACGGCAUCCCUCUUCACACUGUCGAAUUGGCCCUCGACACCAAUCUUGCUCGCCUCUACGAAGAGCGGGUGGCUGAGUACAUCAUACCGGUCCAGGAUAGGGUGUAUUGCGGAAGCCCUAGUUGCUCGGCAUUCCUCAAGGACACGCAACACUGCAACAACUGUGGCAGCGGUACAUGCAGAGACUGCAGGAAGCUCAUCACGUCUGAUGGCCACGAGUGUAGCGAAGGCAAAGUCGAGGUAGAGUACAACCCUAACUUCCGUUGCAAGGCGUGCCCUAACUGCAAGUCGCUGAUCCAGCUAAUCAAGGACGACGAGGAGAAACCUACCUGCAACCACAUGAGCUGUGCGGUUUGCAAGUUUGAGUUCUGCUGGGUUUGCAUGGAGGACUACCGCUUCCACUGCAGCUGUCCGGUAUACGGCGACCCCGUGUACAAUGAACAGGGCUUUACUGAAGACGGCUUCCACCGUGACACUGGAUUGGAUGCUGAGGGGUAU